AUGAAAUUAAAAUUCGAUAAGUUGUUUAGUUUAGCAAUUUAAAUAGAUAAUCCAAAUGGUAGCUAAGAUAUUAAGAAAUUUUUAUCCAAUAAGCAUCAAAAUUCCAAAUAAAAUUCAUGCAAUAAGGUUUUAAGUAGAGGAUCUACUUAUUAUCAGUGUCAUGAAUGCUCCCCUUUAAUUGUUUAAUUGAAAAAAGAAAAAAAAGAAAUCCAAAACGGAUAAAUCUAUUUAUCGAUUUGUGAAGAUUGUUUUGAAGUUUAAAAACAUAAAGGACAUCAUGUUUAGAAAUUUCAAGUUUAAAAUACUGAAAUUUUGUAUUGCUAUUGCGGAGAUCAUAAUAUUUGCAAUCAAAAUAGCUUUUGUUAAAAUCACACUGGCUACAAUCAUGAUUAAUUCAAAUAUGUUUAAUAAGAGACUUAGCACUUUUAUGAGGGAAUCUAGAGAUUUUUCUUGGAAUAAUUUCAUAUUGUGUUUGAUAAGUUAAGUGAUUUAAUUCUUUCUGAAGAGGUUCAAAAAACAAACUAAGAAGAUUAGUAUGACAAAGUGAUAAGUAGAGUUAAUUUCUUGCUUGAGAAUAUUCUCCUGAAAAUCAAUGAAAUCAUAGAAGUAAUUCCAAAUAGUAUUUGCUUCUUUCCUAAAUUGUUGAAGCAAUCUCUACUAAAACCAAUAUCUUUAGAUAUCUAAGAAAAAAACAAUUUAUCUUCUAAUUGGGAAAGAUAAUUUAACGAAAACAAAAAGGUUAAUGCCCAUAUUUCAAUAUAUGAGUAUAUUCUUCUAUUUUACGAACACUUAACAUAAGAAAAUGACAUACUUUUAGGAAAAUUGUUUGGAAUACUUCUAAAAGUAGAUGAUGAUUUCUGUCUUUAAGCAAAUAAAGGCUUUUUUAAAUACAUAGAAUUUACAAUUAGAAUUGUCUCUAAUGAUUAAUAAAAUGGAAUAAAUUUAGUUUUACCUUCGUUCACUGAUUAUUUAGCAAAAUAUAUUUGUUUACAGAGAGUAUUUAAUGAUUUAAUUGAUAAUUUAGGUAUUAAAAUACUCAUUCCAAUUUCUGUCUUUACACAUUUUAUGUAAAAUAUUGGAAAUAAAAAUAGAAGUGAAUUUUCUAAAAUUAUUCUAUUCCCUGAUUAAUCCAUAGAAUCUUUAUAUUUAUUAUCAUAUACUAUGUUUACAGUAAAUUCUAUACUUUUGCCUAACGAGAUGGAAUAAUAUAAAUAAGAAAACCAAAAGUACAUUUUGGCUAAUAUUUUGAGCACUCUUUUUUUCAAACAGCUAGAAAAGUAAUUAGUUUCUUCUUUUGAAAAUGUGUACAAAUCUCUUCUUUUAAAUGACGAUAUUGAUUUAUCAAAUUAAACGACAUCAAUUAUUAUUAAAACUUAUAAGAAAUACACUAAAAAAGCCAUUGAGUUUAUUGAUUUUAUAAGCAAUAAAGGAGUUCUAUUCAAAUCAUUUUCUAUGUCUUUUGUCACUCAUCUUCCUCUGAUGAUCGCCCUUUCAGAAAGGAAAGUGCUGGAUUAAAAUGUUUUGGAAUGUUUUUUCAUAAAAUUUUUUAAUUUUGGAAAUAAUUUGAGUUAAACUGAAAGAGAUCUAACUAUGAAAAAAACAUUUAGGGAUCUUUUUGUAGUGAUGGAUAAAAGCUUUAUUAUGCAUUCAAAGCCUUAUUUAAAAUAAUAAAUGUACUUUUAUAUUUCUUAAUUAGAAUAAUAUAAUUUGGAAUAAGCAAAUGAUGUAAAAUCUACUUUAGGAUUCGUUGAAGAAUUUUUAUAUUCUCCUGAAUACAGAGUUUACGACUUUUAUAUGCUUACUUACUCUCUUUUAUUACUAUCAGAUAAGCGCUCUAUUUUAGAUUAAUAAGUUAAUUGCUUCAAUCUUUAAUUUUCCUAAUUUGAAAAUUUUAAAAAUUAAAUUUCAAAUGCCAUUACUAUUUUUGCAAGUCAAGACUGUACAGAUUUUGUACUUUAGUUGAUCCUUGAUGGAAGUGUAAUAAUUAAUGUAUUCUAAAAUGUUUAUGAAGACUAUUUUAACUUAAAAGAAAAUAAGGACUAUUAAUAUGAAUAGAAUAUAAAAGAAGUAAUAGUAACUGGAAUAUAAGAAAUACAACAAAAUAAAGUAUUUUUGAAAGAAAUUUUACAAAAUAUUUAAAAAACUUUAUCAAGUAAUAAUAAUCUUGCUAGUUAUAUUUCAUAAGUGUGUGAAAAAGAUUAAGCUUUAACUAUAGAUUAAGAUAAUUGUUAGCUGGUUCUCUUACCUUGUUUUUAUGACAAAAUAUUUGCUAGGCAUAUAUUAAGAAGGAAUAGAAGCUAAAUAGAUAGAGUUAUAACAAUUUAAAUAGAUAAAAUUAAAAAUUCUGUCAGUGAAUUUUGCUCUGUAGGCUGCCAUUUCUCUAUGGAUGGCUUAUAUACCUACUAAAAAUAACUAUGCAAGAAAGUAUAUUUAGAUUUAGAAUACCAAAAAAAAUUAAUAGAUUAUCAUCUAAUAAAAUAAGUAGUCACAUUUCCAACUGCUAUUCUAUAUAAACAUGUAUAUGUCAUUCUUAAUAUGUUUUGCAAAGAAUAAUAGAAUUUAGCUAAUUUUUCUGAAGAAGAAAUAGAGAGAAUUCAUUUAAUUAUAAAUUUAUUUAAAGAUAAGUAAAUCUAUUAGGUAUAUAAUUAAAAAUAAUUAACUGAUUAUUUAGAACAAAACAAACCUUCUGACCUUCAAAGAACAUAUACCUUUAUUACUACUUAGUUUAAAGCCUAUUUAAUCAAUAAAAGUUGA